AUGCAUUUCACCAAGACCCUUGUUUCUCUCUUUGCCCUCGGCUCUUUUGCCUCCGCCUCUUUCUACGAGGCCGAUGAGUCUGUGGAGCUCGCCGCUCGUGAGGCUGAGUUCCUCAGUGCCCGCGCCGAAUACAUCCAGGCUCGUGACAACUACAUCAUGAAGAAGCGCGGCAGCCUUCCCUCUAAGCCUACGAAGUACAAGGCAAGUGUUUGCUGGCAGAAGCAGUGCAAGGAGUCGUUCAACGGGAAAUUCCGGGUUUGUGGCUCAUGCAGCGGAAAGGAUGGAAAGAGCUGCACUUGCACGUACUAA